UGCGACAGCGCCGAGAUGCAGCUGAAGGUGGACUUCUUCCGCAAGCUGGGCUACUCCUCGGAGGAGAUCCACGUCGUGCUGCAGAAGCUCGGCCUGAACGCCGACACCAACACGGUGCUGGGGGAGCUGGUGAAGCACGGCCCGGCCGAGCGGGAGAGCGCCGAGGCCCCGCCGGAGGCCAAGGAGGCCCCGCUGGUCCCGCGGGGGGGGGCCGCCAACAAGACCCCCGCCCCGGCGCCGCCCCCCGAGGAGGCGGAGAGCGAGAACCUGAAGCCCAUCGUUAUCGAUGGCAGCAACGUGGCCAUGAGCCAUGGAAACAAAGAAGUGUUCUCCUGCCGAGGUAUCCUUCUGGCUGUCCAGUGGUUUUGGGACAGGGGACACAAGGAUAUUACAGUCUUUGUGCCUUCUUGGAGGAAGGAGCAGCCACGACCAGAUGUACUUAUAACAGACCAGUACAUUCUCCGUGACCUUGAAAAGAAGAAAAUUCUGGUCUUCACUCCUUCCAGGCGGGUUGGAGGGAAGCGUGUUGUCUGUUACGAUGACCGAUUCAUUGUGAAACUGGCACAUGAGUCUGAUGGCAUUGUGGUUUCUAACGAUACUUAUCGGGACCUGCAGAACGAACGUCCUGAGUGGAAGAAAUUCAUUGAGGAGCGUCUGCUGAUGUAUUCCUUUGUUAACGACAAGUUUAUGCCUCCAGAUGAUCCCUUAGGGCGACAUGGCCCCAGCCUGGAUAACUUUCUCAGAAAGAAACCUGUGGUGCCAGAACACAAGAAACAACAGUGCCCUUACGGGAAGAAAUGCACUUACGGAAUUAAGUGUAAAUUCUACCACCCUGAAAGGAUCAAUCAGCCCCAGCGCUCAUUAGCUGAUGAACUCCGAGCCAAUGCAAGGUUGUCUCCUACCAGAAGUACCAGUGCCAAGGAGGAGAAAAAGGGCAAGAGAGGUUCCCAGGCAGAGCUCUUGUGCUCUGUGCCCACAGAGAGUGAUAAAAGCUCUUUGCAGAAGGUCUCUGCAGAGAGGAAAAGCUUGACCCACAAAGCAAAGCCCAGUGAUGUUCCGCUUCAGGUCAAAGGCUGUGUGUCAGGCAGUGUCCCCCCUAACAGUGGGAGCCACAGGUCCUCUGACAGGUACCAGCAGCCUCAUAUGGACUCUCUGUCUUACAUCUCUCAGGAGCAUCUCGACUCAGGCAUUGGGUCUCUGGAGAACCAAUUGUCUGACAUGUGGCCUUACAGAUCUGCCAGUCACUGUGAUCAUUCCCAUGCUGACCAGGUGGCAGUCUGCACCUGCGGUAGGCAGAGACCUGUCUACCCACAUUCACCCAGCUUGGAGCAAAACGGUCUGGUCUCUUACAAGCACGGUUCCCAUAAGUCUUCUUCCUCUGGUGCUAGCUUCUUGCAGUAUAGCCCUGAGGUACCUCACUCAGGACCGCCUCACUCUUUCUCAGGCUAUGGAGUACCCGUACACCCAGCUAAUGCUGGGCAGUACAGUCUGCCCAGUGAGUAUAACACCCCUCCGCCCCAUUCUCGCGAGUACUGGUCUGAACCGUACCAGGUGCCACCUCCUCAAAUGAGAUCUACCAGUGUGCGAGAUCCUCGCUCAGUACAGAGGGCCCCAGGGCCAGCAUACGGGGAGUCCUGCCAGUGGGCUGUCUCCGACCAGUUUGCGGAGGAGCGGGCCAACGUGCACGUCAAGCUGUGCGGCAUAUUCCAUCCCCAUUUAGUUGAUGCUGUGAUGAGCCGUUUCCCUCGGCUUCUGGAUCCCCAGCGGCUAGCUGCAGAGAUACUAACGUACAAGUCUCAGAACCCGGGUAUAUGA